UGUGUGCUCCCCGCUUUAAAAGCGAACGCACUCGGUUGUGACGUCAUAUAUAAACAUGUCAAUUAUGGAUUUGUCAAAGAACGAAAUGCAGACCGAGCCAACGUUGAUCGAAAAUCUGUCAGCAGAGCAGUAUUCGAGAUGCGAAUCGCCAAAACGUGGCACCACGCUUUCCACCAGUACCAGCAGUUUCGAGGCGUUGGACCCGCAUGAUCCGAACCUAAGUCGUUUGGCAAACAUGAUGUUCGAGAAGACAGGAGAAUAUCUGCAGGAGGAGCUCACUUCUACUCAUGCAGAUUAUCAAUUGUUGGAACGUUUAAACAAAGAAACUAUUGCCAAGUAUACGGAGCUGAAGAUUAUAUCGUCGAACGUCGUGCAAUCAUUGGAUUCUCUGAAUGAGAAGUAUCAAAAAUUACAACCGAUUCUAGAUAAUAUUAAUCAAAUUGAUGAUAGUGUCAGCAAACUGGAACAAGCUGCUUACAAACUCGCAGCAUACUCUAAACGACUUGAAACUAAAUUCAAGGACCUCGAAAAGAUACAAAAAGCAAAUAAAGUUACAUAAUUAUAAAAAUAUAAGUCUGUCUAUAUGUAUUUAUAUAUAAUAUUAGACAUAAUAUUAUCAAUAUGUAUAAUUGCAUAAAGAAUGUAGAUUUGCAGUAAGAAAACAGAUAGAUAUGUCAUGCAAUUGGCUAUUAAAUAGAGAAUUUUUUUUUAUCUUGAAAAUGUUUUCGAUAGUUAAUUGUGUGUGAUAUUGUCUUAAUAGAAAACUUCUUAUAUUAGAAAUAAUGAAAUAUUUUUUUUACAUUAUAUUUAUUAAUAAAUAAUUAAAUAAGACCUGUAAAGUGUAGUAUUGUACAUAUUUCUUUGCAUAUCAUAAAAUGUAUAAACUUUAUAAGUAAAAAUUACAAUUAAUUUAAUUUUAUUAGAAA